CGCGCACACGGAGCCGGGAUGCAGCGUUGGCUGACACUGUGUCUCUGUGCUGCUCUGAUGGCGAGGACCCAUUUAGUCAGGAAUCCCUACUCCAAGUGCACGGAGCGGCUGUUCACACUGAACGUGAUGCUGCUGAACGAUUCCGAGUCGCCUUGGACCUUGAGCCAAGUCACACCUGCGGUGACCGGUAGCCUGAGCCAGGUACAGACCUCACUACAGCAGCGAGAGUUUAAUGUGAGUGUUAAUGCCUCGUUUUACGGCUUCGAUACCUCUCUGUACGUGUCUAAAGGCUGUCGUACCAGCAGCUGUGAGGGUGUGGAGAUCCUCAAAAACUUAUACAUCGAGGAGGAGUUGGGGUGUGUAGUUCUGGGCCCAACUUGCACAUAUGCCACCUUUCAAGUCGUGUCGCUGAAUACCUUCCUGGAGAUUCCCAUCAUCUCGGCGGGAAGCUUCGGACUUUCCUGCGACUUCAAGCCCAACGUAACCCGGAUCCUACCCCCGGCCCGGAAACUCUCCAACUUCUUCAUCUACUUCUGGAAGCACGAGAGCAAAGUGAAACCCUCGAUCUGGAACUCCACCUACAUCUACAAGAAAGAAGAGACCUCCGAAGCCUGUUUCUGGUACAUGAACGGGCUUGAGGCUGGGUCCGCUCUCUUCUCCCUGGGUUUGCAGUUUAAGGAAAUCAUCCGUUCUGUCAACGGAUUCCGAGAGACAGUCAACAACCCGAACAGGAAGAGUAAUGUGUUUAUUCUGUGUGGGACUCCUUUUGAUGUGGGAGCUCUGGUUCAUGGGAUUCCUAUGGACAAAGACAUCGUCAUUAUUUUACUGGACAUCUUCAAUCACAGCUAUUUCGCCAACUCCAUGUCCAUGGAGUUUAUGAAGCAGGUUCUCGUUGUGACCUGGAUGCCCCCGGAUUUUGACCACAAUUACAAUGAGACUCCCAACGUCACCCAGACCUACAAUGACUUCGCUGUGGGCUACAGCGAUGCUGUGUUGCUGUUCGGGCAAGUUCUGGGGCAGUUCCUAGAGAAACAUCUUGUCCCGACUCGCUCUGACUUCAUAAAGCAUUUCCGUAAUGUCACCUUCAUGGGCUCGUUGGGCCCAAUCCACUUGGAUGAGUACGGAGACCGUGACAUUAACUUGACUGUGUUUUACACGUCAUCAAGGACCUUGGAAUACAAGGUUUUGCUUUACUUUAAUACAAAGACAAACAUCACAAAUAUUAUUGACUCAAAUCCUGAGUUUGUAUGGAAACAAAGCCUUCCACACGAUGUGCCAGAAGUCUUCAACAAAGGUAUACUGUCCCAGAUGGUGGCAGUGAUAGUCUUGACCGUGACUGUGGUGUUGGUUCUCUUCGUUGCCUUGUUGAUAUUACGGCAUUUCCGGAAUGACCGGCAGGUGCGGAUGAAGAAAUGGUCGCACAUCCCAUCCGAGAAGAUUGUUCCCCUGGAAAGAACGGAGAAAAACCAGAUCAACCUCAAGAUCGAGGAGGACAAGAGGAAAGAGAGCAUCAUUCCAGUUCGGAGAGCGAAAUACGACAAAAAGAUCGUGAUUCUGAAGCUUCUGAAACACGGGGAUGGAAAUUUCACUGAGAGGCAAAAGAUCGAGCUCAAUAAGCUGUUGCAGAUCGACUACUAUAACCUCACCAAAUUCUACGGCACUGUCAAGAUGGAAUGUGAAAUAUUCCGAGUCAUUGAGUUCUGUGAACGAGGAUCGCUCCGGGAUGUUCUGAAUGACACAAUCUCUUACCCCGAUGGUACGUUCAUGGACUGGGAGUUCAAGAUCUCAGUCAUGUGUGACAUCGCCAAGGGGAUGUCCUACCUCCAUUCAAGCAAAACCGAGGUUCAUGGGCACCUCAAAUCAACCAACUGUGUGGUGGAUAAUCGAAUGGUCGUGAAGAUCACAGACUUUGGGUGUAACACAAUUGUUGUACCCCAGAAAGACCUGUGGAUGGCUCCCGAACUCUUGCGUCAGGAGGAUGUGAAGGGAGUGUCCCAGAAAGGCGACGUCUACAGUUAUGGUAUCAUAGCCCAGGAGAUCAUCCUGCGCAGGGAGACCUUCCACACAAAGUGCUGCACUGACCGCAAAGAGAAGUUGCGGAGAGUCAGGAAGGUGAGGGUUUGCUCCCCGUUCCGGCCGGACCUGCAGUUGGAGACGGCGAAUGAGAAGGAACUGGAGGUGUACAGUCUGGUGAAAAGCUGUUGGGACGAGGAUCCCGGAAAAAGACCCGACUUCAAGAAAAUCGAGACAACUAUGUGUAAAAUCUUUAGCAGUUUCCACAGUCAGACAGACAAGAGCUACAUGGACACUCUGAUCAGACGGCUGCAGAUGUACUCGAAAAACCUGGAGCACUUGGUGGAGGAACGGACAGUGUUGUACAAGGCUGAGCGGGACCGGGCAGAUCGUCUCAACUCCAUGCUCCUUCCCGAGCCGGUGGUGAAGUCCCUGAAGGAGACGGGCCGGGUGGAGCCGGAGCUGUUUGAGGAGGUGACAAUCUACUUCAGCGACAUUGUGGGCUUCACCACCAUCUGCAAGUACAGCUCCCCCAUGGAGGUGGUGGAUAUGCUCAACGACAUGUACAAGAACUUCGACCGUAUCCUGGACAACCACGAUGUCUACAAGGUGGAGACCAUCGGCGAUGCCUACAUGGUGGCCUCGGGUUUGCCGAAGAGGAACGGCAACCGUCACGCCGUGGACAUCGCUAGCAUGGCGCUCGACAUCCUCACCUUCAUGGGCUCCUUCGAGCUGGCUCACCUGCCCGGCCUCCCCGUGUGGAUCCGCAUCGGCAUUCACUCCGGUCCCUGUGCGGCUGGUGUAGUUGGCAUUAAGAUGCCAAGGUACUGCCUGUUUGGCGACAUGGUCAACACAGCCUCACGGAUGGAGUCCACGGGACUGCCGUUAAGGAUACACGUCAGCCAAUCGACCAUCAACAUCCUGAAGAGGACGGGGUGUAGGUUUGAGUACGAGAUACGAGGAGAAACGUUUCUGAAGGGGAAGGGGACUCAGAUCACUUAUUGGCUCACAGGAGAGACACACAGGAACUGCAAACUGCCAGCCCCACCAUCAGCUGAGAACCUGCAGAGGCUCCAGGCCGACUUUGCUCAGAUGAUCAUCACAUCUCUGGAGAAGAGGAAGAGCUCCGGCUACCAGAGCGCGAGCCAGGGCAGCAGCAAUGACUGGGACCUGGAGUAUCUGCAGCUUAACUCCAGCGAUAUCCUCAGCACCUACCUGUAACUGCCUGAUGUGUGUGUGCGCACGCGUGUGUGUCUAUGACCGUGUGUCUGUGUG